CAGUGAGAGGGUCAGACCUGCAGAGAGCUGUCAGCACAAUGGAGGAACGAGGUGACAGAUCCAACAAGAAAAAAGUUGUAGCAGUGGUUGGUGGUGGUUUGGUGGGGGCACUGAAUGCCUGCUUCUUUGCCAAAAGAGGCUUUGAUGUGGAACUCUUUGAAACUCGAGAAGAUAUUCGGCAAGCCAAAAUUGUGAAGGGGAGAAGCAUCAACUUGGCUCUGUCUCACCGGGGCCGACAAGCACUGAAGCAUGUUGGAAUGGAGGACAAGAUUGUCUCCCAGGGGAUUCCAAUGCAUGCAAGAAUGAUCCAUUCUCCAACUGGGAAACAGUCCCCCAUCCCUUAUGGCAAGAAAGGACAGUUCAUCCUGUCAGUGGACCGAGCCAAUCUGAACAAAGAGCUGCUGACAGAGGCAGAGACAUUCAACACAAAGCUGAACUUUGACCACAAACUGCAGGACUGGAAUGCUGAAACAGGGCUAAUGACCUUUAUCAGGGCUGAUGGGUCCAAGCAGCAAAUCCAGGCAGACCUCAUCGUCGGAGUGAUGGGAGCUUUUUCUGCCAUCCGUAAACAAUUCCUCCGCCGGAGCCGCUUCAACUACAGCCGAACCUACAUCCCCCACGGCUACAUGGAGCUCACCAUGCCACCCAUCAAUGGAGAGUUUGCCAUGAAGCCUGAUUAUCUGCACAUCUGGCCAAGGAACACAUUUAUGAUGAUCGCCCUGCCCACCAAGUGAGACAAGACGUUUACCUGCACCCUCUUCAUGCCCUUUGACGAGUUUGAGAAGAUCACCAGGGAUGAAGUUAUCGAGUUUUUCCAGAAAUACUUCGCCGAUACCAUCCCAUUAAUAGGAGUCGAUGCUCUCAAGAGGGAUUAUUUCCGACUGCCUGGGCAGGCCAUGGUGUCUGUCAAGUGCUCCCCGUAUCACAUCGGGGACAAAUGUGUCCUAAUGGGCGAUGCAGCCCACGCAGUGGUGCCUUUCUAUGGGCAAGGGAUGAAUGCUGGCUUUGAGGACUGCAUUGUCUUUGAUGAAGUAAUGGAAAAGUUCAAUGAGGAUUUCAGUGCUGUGCUGCCUGAGUACACAAGAGUGCGGGUCCCUGACGACCACGCCAUUGCAGACCUGGCCAUGUACAACUACAUUGAAAUGCGAGCCCAUGUCAACUCCAAAUGGUUCCUUUUUAGGAAACAUGUGGAUAACCUCCUCCACUUCCUCAUGCCAAAGACAAUAAUUCCACUGUACACUAUGGUCACUUUCACCAGAACGAGGUACCAUGAAGCCGUAGAGCGCUGGCACUGGCAAGACAAGGUGAUAAACCGCGGCCUGAUGUUCAGCGCCACAGGAGCUGUUCUGGGAGGAACCUACCUACUCAUUAAAAAUCCUCCCGACAUCAACAAGCUCAUCAUCCCUGCUGAGAAAAUGUGGGACAGACUUCUGGCCCUCAGGACCACCUGAGCAUGGGCACCAUCUCCGAUCUGAUAGACAAAACCUGGAGCUUCAUACACCAGAGAGAACAAAGAGUGUCCAAACUUUAAUUAGAGAUUGAUUCAGUCCUUAAUGAACACAAUGAAGUCUCGGCCAGGCAGAUUAAUGUACUGUAAUAAUGGUUGUCAUGAUUUACCCCAGUCAUUAUGAUUGAUAAUAAGAUUUAAAUGAUAAUGGUUUGACUAAAUGAGCUUCAGCAAUGAAAAUGUUCAGCCCCUCUAUCUGAUUGUUUUCAGGCCACUCAUCAUCAUUUGCACAAUUUUGCUGUGAAAACAAAAAUGUCAGUAUUAAACUCACCGCCAGUAGCUCAGCACAUGCUGUACGAGCCUGUGGAGAUGAUUAAAGAUGGUUUACAGAUAA